CCAAUUCAAUUACUCCUUUCCAGUCUCCGCAGGCGCCAAAUUCCUUCGCCUCUUCUUCUACCCUGCCGAUUACCCUUCCUUUCCACGCACCCACGCAUCUUUCACCGUUCAAUCCAACCAAUUCACUCUUCUUCAAGCUUUCAACGCCUCCCUUAACGCCGACGCUCAAGCCACCGACAAUAUCUUCAAAGAAUAUGUGGUCAACGUCAAAGACGGCGAGAGUCUUAUCCUUACCUUCACUCCCUCCCAUCCAAACUCCUACGCUUUCAUCAAUGGAAUCGAGGUGCUUUCCAUGCCAACCGAUUUAUAUUACACGCCACUAGAUGAUGUAGGAUUCACGCUCGUGGGACAUGGUACGCAAUUCAGCGUCCAAAGCAGCACUGCCAUGGAAACAGUGUAUCGUAUUAAAGCCGGAGGACAAGAAAUCCCACCACAAAACGACACCGGUUUGUUCAGGGGUUGGGCUGACGAACAAGGCUAUUUUAUCAAACACAAUCCAAGGAAUGAUGAUCUACCAGCUGACUUGGAUGGGAAAAUGAACAUAACAGUGAAUCCCGAUUACUUGGCACCAAAGGAACUGUUCAGAACAGCGCGUAGCAUGGGCAGAAACGCCACUCUGAACAAAAUGAGCAACCUCACUUGGGAGUUCCCCGUUGAUGCUGGCUUCACUUACGUUCUCAGGCUCCACUUCUGCGAGCUUGAUCCCAAUAUUAAUGACAUCGGUAACAGGCAGUUCCACAUUUACAUAGCAAGCAUGUUGGCUGACGACCGUGCAGAUGUAAUGAAAUGGAGUCAGAAACAAAAAGGUCUAGCUGUGCUCAGAAACUACGCAGUUUUGAUUCCCAACAAUGGGACUCAGAAAAAGUUUAAUCUCUCGCUUCAAAUGCACCCUUACGGAAGCAGUGUCGAUUCGAAAUACGCAGACGCCUUCCUGAACGGUCUCGAGAUCUUCAAAAUCAAUACAAACAACCUCGCCGGACCCAACCCGGACCCGGUCCAGACUCCAGAGAACAGCAUCCCCGGAAAGCCCGGCAGAGAAAGCAGAACGACGAUAAUUGAUGUCGUCGUAGGGGUUGGAAUCGGGGUCGUUUUUAUCUCCCUUGUGAUUUUGGUUGUUGUCUUGAGAUGCAAGAGAGUCACCGAAAGGAAUUCCAAGGAUUACAAAUCCAAGUCGAUCACAGCCACACAGAAGGUUUUCCUACCGUCCGAUCUCUGCCGCCACUUCUCCCUGGAUGAGAUCGAAGCUGCCACCAAUAACUUCGACGAUGUCUUCAUCGUUGGCGUCGGGGGAUUCGGUCACGUGUACAAGGGUUACAUCGACGACGGUUUCACCCCGGUCGCAAUCAAGCGCCUGAAACCGGGUUCUCAGCAGGGUGUGCACGAGUUCUUGAACGAGAUCGAGAUGUUAUCGCAGCUCCGCCAUCUUCAUCUAGUUUCCCUAAUCGGAUACUGCAACGAGAUGAACGAGAUGAUACUGGUCUACGAUUUCAUGGCGCGUGGCACCCUACGCGAUCAUCUCUACAACACCGAUAACCCCCCUCUCUCGUGGAAGCAGCGCUUGCAGAUAUGCAUCGGCGCCGCGCGUGGGCUGCACUAUCUCCACACAGGCGGGAAGCACACGAUCAUCCACCGCGAUGUCAAAACGACGAACAUCUUGUUAGAUGAUAAGUGGAUGGCGAAGGUUUCAGACUUUGGUCUUUCAAGAAUUGGGCCUACAGACACAGACAAGUCCCACGUGAGUACCCAUGUGAAGGGAAGCUUUGGCUACAUAGAUCCCGAGUAUUACAAACGAUUUCGCUUAACGGAAAAGUCUGAUGUUUUCUCGUUCGGGGUUGUGCUCUUUGAGAUACUGUGUGGUCGUCCAGCUUUGAUUCACAGUGCGGAGACGCAACAGGUGUCGCUUUCUAAUUGGGUGAAACAUUGUGAUCGAAAUGGGAGCAUAGCAGAGAUUGUGGAUCCCACGAUAAAGACAAAGAUUGCGCCUGAGUGCCUGAAGAAGUUUUGUGAGAUUGGGAUGAAUUGUUUGUUGGAAGAUGGAACGCAGAGGCCGCGCAUGAAGGAUGUGGUUGCAAUGCUGGAGUUUACGCUCCGGCUACAAGAAAGUGCAGAGCAACCGGCAAUUGAAAAAGGAGAGAAAAUUAGUGAGGAUAGCUUUUCUACUACUGACUUGAACGUGACUACUACGACUUCGACCAGUGAAGACAAUAGCUAUAGUAAUGAUACGGUGUCGUCUUGGACUCCUUUCUCCGAAAUUAUUGAUCCAAAGCCGCGUUGACCCAAUCAAAUUAACGCACCUCACCAGAAGGACAAUAAAAACCAGAGAAAUGAUAGGUUGAGAGAACACUUUUUUUUACCACCUUAAAAAUAAUUUGUAAUUUAAAUUAACUUGUAUUAUAUGAAAGUAGUAAAAAAACUUAUCAUUUCUUUAAAAGGACCU